AUGACCAUUCAAUUAUUGUGUAUUUGCCAUUGUUGGAUAUUUUUGAUUGUCUCGAUCAUUGCGAAUUCGUUGGAUCACGUUGAGAUACCAUUGGCGCCGUAUAAUGUUAAGCUGAUGUGCCGCCAGGGUCGUCGAUAUACGAAGGAGUCGCAAACACCGCGUCAGUGUCCGUCGUCGUCGACGUCAUGCGGAUUUUUUGAGUUUUCGCUGCAGGAUUCAAACAACGGAAUCUCAAGUACUGGUGUCUAUGAUUGCGUCGACGGCGGAAUUCUGUAUGAAGAUUCAAGCGAAAUUGACGACGACAGCGAUGAUCGCCAAUCAAAGCGAUUGGCAAUGCAUCAUUUGAAUCCGGCAUUUGUCAAAUAUUUGGUGCAAGAAUACGAUAUUAAACUCGAAAGUCUGGACAAUGGCCACAUUCGAUUCUGCUGUGCGAUGUUCCAUUCGACACUUCAGAAGUUGGUGACGUCUUCUCGCGACACCCUUCCUCAAAUGAUGGCUCCGCCAAUAUCAUGUCAAGGCAAAUUAUGCGAUGCCGGAGCGGUCGGAUGCCUACUUCAUUCACUUCACGACGGCGCAGAUUACGAAGAGGAAUAUGAGGAAGAGACAGAAGGCGCGAGAAAACGACAUCGGCGACUAGCUCUUAACGAUUAUAUUGAAGAUGAUGAAUAUGUUAAUGCCGUCGAGCUCAACUUUGAAGAUUUUGAUAUUGAAUUGAUAACAAGAGAGCCGCCGAUCGAAACGACCACUCAGAAGCCGACUCUACCAAGUCUGAAACUUCCAAUGAGUUUUGAUGAAAUAACGACAACUUCAUCUGUGACGACAACAUCUGUUCCAGCAAAAGUGGUCAAAAUGAACUCAUAUGAAGACGACGACGGCGAAGUUCAACAAGACAUGCAUUGCGUUUAUCGCCACUUGAACAAUGAAUUCUAUCGAUACUGCCUUCUUGUCCACCAAAGUCGCGAUGGCGAUCGAUGCUAUCAUCAUCAAGGGCACACGAUUUGUUGCUGUUUCGUGGCGCCAGAUCGCGACACGUGUGAUCCGACGGAAAUGGACCUCGUCGUUCGUCCACCUUCACCUGGCAUACUUCCGCCAAGAGUUAUUAUCACCUUGCCACCUCCAACCACUAAAGAACAACCAACGACGACGUCUUCGACAUCAUCAACAACAACGACAACAUCGACCACUACUACUACUACGACGACGACAACGACGACAGUUGAACCUGAAACAACGACAGUUCGUCCAACACUACCACCGCAAAUUUAUCGGCCGAGACCAAUCGAUCAAAUAAAAAAACGGAAGCAGAUGAGGAAACGAUGUCGUGUUGCAUACAUUCGUACGAAGUCGGGUAGUCGUACGCGUCCAACACUGAUUUGCGACUCGUCAAUUUCGUCAAACCUCAUCUCGUUCGCUUCAAUAAUCAUUCUCACAUCCCGAAUGUUUAUAUAA